AUGACCAAAGAGCCUAUUAAAUCCUCCUCGACGUCCGGUGGACCAAACAGCGCUUCUCGUCACACCAUACGCCCUGCCAUUAACACGGGGUCUCAGUCCACUAGCCGUGUUAUAAAGUCGCGAGCAAGUCAGACCUCCUCAUCGCCCUUCGCAACCUUAUCGCCAAAGGCUCACGACAAGAACGAUAUUCGAAAAGUAUGCGAUAAGCUCUUGGAGAAAGCGGAAGACGACAUUCAAAAGCUAGACGAGGAGAUCAAACGGCUCAAUGAGGAGAAGGACGAGCAAAAACGGAAUUAUGCCCGGCUAGUGCAGAAGCUUAACGCCGACAAAGCGCAAGGGGCUAAGCAGCUCCGUGCCUCUAUGGAAAAUACGGAGCAAGCCGUCGCUAAGAGCUAG